GACCAUUAAUUCUAUUGAAACCACACCACAUUUAAAGCCCAAUAGGACUGGUAUUCAAAACUUGCCGCAAUUUCCCUCCUCAGUGCUGCACUCUAAUUUGAUUAGUAAGAGUGUCUGAAAGAAUGGGGGAUUAAAUCAUUAUUUGAUUGUUAAAGCUUAGGGUUUAUGCAGUUGUUGAAGAUCAUGGAAGAUAUAUUUGUCGAUGAUUCAAAGAGUAAUGUGUCCGUCGGAUGUACUGAUAAGCCAAAAGUAGCAGAAAUGGCAAAGGGCAAUAUGCGAAGUUCAGGGAGAAGAACACUUGCUGACAUCAGCAACAUUCCACUUCAACCUAGCACUUCAAAUAACAAUCCACAUCGAAGUUCUAAUACUAUAAAAGAGCACAACAAGCAGCUCCAAAAGGAAAAAGCAGCAUUAAUGAAGCUCUUAUCAGAGAAAAAUAAAAUCAUUGAAGAAAGUAGAGUUGAGGGGCACAAACUAAGGGUUACUUUGCAGAAGAUCCAGGAGCAGAAUUUGCAACUUGCUCAAUCAAACACCCAGAUGCUAAUGGAACUAAAUUCAGUCAAGGAGAGAAACAAAGCUCUGAAUCAUGAGCUUGGAUGCAAAAAUGGUUUGAUUAGUGUAAUGAAGUUGGAUUUGGAAAACAGAACCUGUCAAACAAAUGAUGCUGAUAACAAUAAGGCCACUGAAGUGAAGGAGACUGAAACUGAAGUGUCUGCAUUUGCAGAAAAUAAUGAAGACAAACUUUAUAUUACCAGCAAAAGGCAUAAAUCAAAAAGUUUAGUUCCAUCUGUUGAAAAGGUUCAAGGUGAUGAAGUGGGUAAAAACAGAAGGAUUCAAACUAGAAGACAAUCUUCAAUUUUUAAGGUUGAUGAACCAAAACCUAUCAAAGACACUAUUGAGAUAGAAAAUGUUGAUGAUGAUGAUGAUGAUAAAAUGAAAGUGAAUGAUUUAAUAAAAUCUAAAGAAGAAGGUGAUGAUAUUCAAGACUACAAACCUCAAGAAAAUAGAAAAACAUUUGUUUCAAGGCCCUUACGUGAAGCUGCAAAGAAAGUUCAGUCUUACAAGGAAAUAAAGGUGAAUAUGAAGAUGCGAAGAGACAAGUGAAUGUUUUUUUUUUUUCAAACUUUUUCUACAGGAUGAAUUCUCUUUUCAUGCUUAGAUAAAGUAUAAACCAUUUGUUUGACGUACAACAACAUAUCUUAAAACUCAAAAGAGGCAAGUCUAAAAAUUAUAUGUGGUAUUAAUGUGUAUAUAGGAACAUGAUAUGAAGAUGGUUAAUAUUUU